AUGUCCUUGAACCUUCUUCUUCACCUAAAAAGAGUACCAUUAGUGUCAGCACGCACGUAUGCUGAUACUCAAAUUCAAGCAACAGCGGCCAAUGUUUUUAAGGUCAGAGAUGCGCUACACAACGCAUUGGACGAGGAGCUGGCCAGAGACGAAAGGGUCUUUAUCAUCGGCGAGGAGGUGGCACAGUUUGAUGGUCCUUAUAAGGUAAGGUCAGGGUUGAGUUGGGUAGGGUAGGAUCAGGAAAGAUAGGAUAGGAGAGGAUUGGGUUGGGUUGAUUUGGGGUGGUUAGAAUUAGGCUUGCGGCUUUAAUAGGAAUGGGGGUGGGGAUUGAAAAAUGGAAAAAAUAGGGCAGGGUAGGAUGAGGUAGGGGAACAUAGGAUAGGGGUGGGUAAGUUAUCGUAGAGUAGGGUAGAGUAGGUGGGAUUGGGUAGGGUAGAGUAGGGUAGAGUAGGGUAGGGUAGGGUAAAAUUUUUAAUUUGUGGUAAUGCUCAGGUAACCAAAGGCUUGUGGAAAAAGUAUGGAGAUAAGCGAGUGAUCGACACGCCAAUCGCUGAGAUGGGAUUUACUGGAAUUGCGGUCGGAGCGGCUUUCAAUGGCCUGAGGCCAAUCGUGGAUUAUAUGACAUGGAAUUUCGCUAUGCAAAGCAUUGAUCACAUAAUUAACAGUGCUGGCAAGGCUUUCUAUAUGUCUGCUGGAAGGGUGGGUACUGUAACAUUGUAGUUUGUGACUUUUUAAAAAAUUUGAAAAUUUUUUUUUCAAAAAUAAAAAUUUUUAAAAAUUAAAUUUUUUUUUAAUUUUAGUGCAAUGUCCCAAUAGUCUUCCGUGGUCCUCAUGGCUGGGCUACAGGUGUAGCAGCCCAACAUACUCAAGAUUACUCGUCGUGGUAUGCCCACUGUCCUGGUCUAAAGGUGGUUGCACCUUACAGUUGUGAAGAUGCCAGAGGGCUUUUGAAGGCUGCUGUACGAGAUGACAAUCCUGGUAAGGGGUGGAUUCUUAAAAAUAAUUUUUUAGCUAAUUUUAGAAGGGGGCGGAUUUUUAUGAAAGAAAGGGUAAGGCAGAAUAAAGUAGGGUAGGGUAGGGCAAGGUAGUAUAGGGUAGGGUAGGGUAGGGUAGGGUAGGGUAAUGUAAGGUAGGGUAAUGUAGGGUAGGAUAAACUAGGGUAAUGUAGGGUAGGGUAUGGCAGUGUAAUAAAGCAGGGCCGGGUGUGGUAGGGUAUGGUUUUUUUAGAGUCGUGUGGGGCAGGAUAGGACAGCAUAUUAUAGAUAAAGGUGGGGGUAGAGCAUAUAUAUAAUAGAAGGUAGAACAGGAAAGGGAAGCGUAGAAGCGAACAGGGCAAGUCAAGGAAUGGCUGGCCUGGGCUGGGUUGGGUUAAUCUCGACAAGACUAGAUAGGGCAGCGUGUGAUAGGAUAAGAUAAUAUGGAAUAAGGGGACGUAUGGGAAGGGUAGAGGGUCCGGGUGGGCUGGACACAGUAGUAUGUAGUAGGGUAGGGUAGGGCAGGUUAGGGUAGGUAUAGGGUUUUUACAGAGAAGAAUAAGCCUAAUAUAAACCUUGGUUUCAGUUGUGAUUCUGGAAGAUGAGAUGCUGUACGGCUACAGUUUCCCCUUGUCUGACGAGGCUUUGGACAAGGAUUUUACGAUUGAAAUUGGCAAAGCGAAAAUUGAAAGACAAGGAAAGGAUGUUACUAUCGUAUCGCAUUCGAUGGGUAUGCUACAUGCUCUUCAAGGUGCUGAGGAGUUAUGUAAGGCUGGCAUUGAUGCUGAGGUAGGGUAAAUUUUAAAGGGAUAAGGGCCUACACUUGGACUAAGGCUAGGGCUGCGGCUCCAACUAGGGCUAUGGCUAGGGUUAGGGCUAGUGAUUUGGGCUAGGGCUAGAGCUAGGACCAGGGUCACGACUAGAGCUAGGACUAUAUCUAGGACUAAGACCAGGACUAGCAUCAAGCCAAGGCUCGGACCAGGAUUGGGAGUAGGACCAGGUCUAGGACCAGGAACAGGCUAGGACGAGGACCAGGAUUAGGACCUUUGGCUUAGGGCUUUGAGCCAGGCUUUGAGCUAGGGCUAUAUUGUAGCAUAUGCUAUGCGUAGAAAAGUUUAUCGCUGCAUGUGGGUAUAGGUAUCAAUACGCACAUACAUAUAUACACGUCCUUACAGGUAAUCAACCUCCGUUCCCUAAGGCCAUUAGACUUUAACGCCAUCAAGAAGUCUGUUCUAAAAACUCAUCGUUUGGUGUCAGUGGAAACCGGCUGGCCUUUCUGUGGCAUUGGAGCCGAAAUUGCGGCUCAACUCAUGGAAUCAGACGCCUUUGACCAACUUGACGCUCCUGUAGCUCGAAUCACUGCUGCCGACGUACCCACACCGUACGCUUUGAACUUGGAGAUGGAAUCACUUCCAAACAAAGAUCAUGUCGUGAAGGUGGUCAAGAAAAUGCUGGGAGCACCAUAG